AUGGAAAACAGCGCACUUCGCCCCCUUAACCGCUACAUCACCAAUCACGAUGCCAACGGCGUGACGGGCUUCCAAGAGCAGAUUCCUGAGGCCCUGGAAUGGCAGCAGUUGGCCAACGGAGCCCGCUUCUCCCUGGGAUACGCGACCAAUGAAAUCCCCGUCCAGCUCAGUGAUGACAAGGACCUCGGAGUCUAUAAGUCCUAUCUGAAAGAUCUGCCCGGUAUCACUAUCCCCGGUGGCACCGUCUUGCGUGUGGUUGACAUGAACCCCGGGUCAACCUCACCAAUGCACCGCACUGUCAGUUUAGACUACGGGGUUGUCUUAGAAGGGGAAGUCGAGCUGAUACUCGACUCCGGGGCGACACGACUACUCAAACGGGGGGAUAUCGCGGUUCAGCGUGGCACCAACCAUGCAUGGAAGAACCCGAGUACAACGACGUGGGCGCGCAUGCUAUAUGUUCUACAGGAGGCGAAACCGCUGGAAAUCAAUGACAAGGCUUUGGGGGAGGAUUACGGUAUUGGCAUGGAUGACGUAAAGGCGUCGAAAUGA